AUGAAAUCUAAGAAACAACUAAAAUGUCAGAAUUGCCAUCUCCCUUUACAAAUAGAUUCUUCAUUACUUGAUUUAAGUUUAUCUCAAAGAAAUUUAUUAAUGAAUAAUUCAAAGUUUGAUAAUACUUUAAUAGAAGAAAACACUAAAUUUUAUACAUCACAUGAGAAAUUAGAUCAAAUUAGUAGGAUCCAACCUAUUAGUAAGAUCAAUGAACAAUUGAAAAAAUCAAAUACAACCAUUGUUGAUCCACAAAUCCAAUCAUCAAAGAAGAAGAAAACUGAUUCAAGGAGUCAUACAAUACAAGGAACAUUAUCAACUAGGAUAGAUAAUGAAAAUGAAGACAUCGAAGCUGAUUCUUUGGAAAAUAAUUCACAACAGGAUAAUGAAUAUACCACUGAAAAGACAUUAUCGAAUCAAAUAACCACAUUAACUAAUGUAUUUAAUAUCUUAUCUGCCAGAAGCUAUAUAGAUUAUCCUGUAUGUGAAGAUUGUUGUAAAAUAUUAAUCUCUAAAUUGAAAACAGAUUAUAAUAAUGCUUUAAAACAGAAGGAAUUAUAUAGAGAUUUUCUCAAUAAAUUAGAGAGUCAUCACCCUAUUUCAAAUACAUCUGAAGAUGAAAAUGAUGAUGAUAAGAAUUCUCAUGAGAUAGAUAUGGAACAAGAAAAGAAUCAACUUUUAAACGAAUUAAUAAAAUUAGAAGAUGAAAAUGAUGAAUUAGAUCAAGAAAUACUUGAAUUACAGGAAAAAUUACAAAAUCAAAAACAAAUACAUGAUGAUUUCAUUCAAGAAGAAAAUAUUACAGAUUUAAAUAAUAUUGAAUUUUUAAAAGAAAUGCAAUUAUUAGAAAAUCAAUACAAUUCGACAUUGAAUAAUUUAGAUCAAUUAAGAAAGACCAAUAUAUAUAAUGAAACAUUUAAAAUAUCACAUCAAGGACCAUUUGGAACUAUUAAUGAUUUACGACUUGGAAGUUAUUCUGGAUAUUCUGUAUCUUGGAACGAAAUAAAUGCAGCAUUAGGACAAAUUGUAUUAUUAUUAGCUACAAUAACAACACGGUUAAAAAUUAAAGUUAAAGGUUAUAAAUUGAAACCAUUAGGUUCAUUAUCAAAAAUUUCCAAAUUUGAUAAUGAAACAAAUGAAUGGAUGGAAUAUGAAACAUAUAAUAAUGAUAAUUUUAAAUUUAGUAAAUUAUUUAGAAAGGAGACUAAUUUUGACAAGGCAUUAGUUUGUCUUAUUGAUAUAAUUCAACAAGUCACCACAAUGGUUGUAAAUCAAACUACCACCACCACCACUACUGCAGUAUUAUCACAUACAGGUGGGGACAAUGGCGCUCCUACUGACAACCUUUCUGAGAAUUACACAGCCACCGGAUCAGUCAGUAGAAGCUCUACAACCAAUAAUGGUAAAGAAUUACCAUAUGAGAUGUCUCAAGGAAAUAUAAAUGGAAUAUCAAUUAAAUUAUAUGGCUCUGAACCAACUAUUCAAUGGACUACAGGGAUGAAAUGUUUGUUAACGAAUGUGAAAUGGUUAUUAGCAUAUUCAUCUGCACAUUUACAGACUGCAUCAACGUCUUCCUCACUGUUGAAUGUGACUGAUUAA